CUUCUCUAAGAUGAGUGGCGAGGCUCCCCUGGGCCUGGAGGGCAGGGUCCGGAAAACACUGCGAAGGGUCUUUGGGUUUGAGUCCUUCAAGACUUCCCUGCAGGAAAGCGCGACCAUGACUGUGGCAAGAGGCGAGAAGGAUGUCUUUGUAUGCAUGCCCACAGGGGCAGGGAAAUCCUUGUGCUACCAGCUUCCUGCAGUUCUGGCAGUGGGCAUCACCAUUGUCAUUUCACCUCUGAUUGCACUGAUUCAGGAUCAAGUGGAUCACUUGCUGGCUCUGAAGAUCAAAGCCUGCUCUCUGAACUCCAAGCUGUCUGCCCAGGAAAAGAAGACCAUCCUGGCUGACUUAGCAAGUGAGAAGCCCCAAGUAAAGCUCUUGUACAUCACCCCAGAGAUGGCAGCCGCCUCUUCCUUCCAACCUACGCUGAACUCUCUGGUGUCCCGAAACCUCUUGUCCUACCUGAUAAUCGAUGAAGCGCACUGUGUUUCCCAGUGGGGACAUGAUUUCCGACCUGACUACCUACGGCUGGGCACCUUGCGCACUCGCAUACCCAAUACGCCGUGUGUUGCCUUGACGGCCACUGCCACCAAGCAGGUCCAGGAGGAUAUCGUGGCAGCGCUUAAGCUAAAGCAGCCACUUUCCACAUUUAAGACUCCUUGCUUCAGAUCUAACUUGUUCUAUGACGUGCAGUUCAAAGACCUCUUGACUGAUCCAUACACCAAUUUGAAGGAUUUCUGUCUGAAGGCACUUGAAGUGAAGAACACCACUGGGGUGUACUCCGGUUGUGGCAUUGUGUACUGCAGGAUGAGGGACGUGUGUGACCAGCUGGCUAUUGAAUUGAGCUACCGAGGAGUGAAAGCCAAGGCCUAUCACGCAGGACUCAAGGCAGCUGAAAGGACUUCAGUCCAGAAUGAAUGGAUGGAGGAGAAGAUCCCUGUUAUUGUUGCAACCAUCAGUUUUGGAAUGGGAGUAGACAAAGCAAAUGUCAGAUUUGUUGCCCAUUGGAAUAUUGCUAAGUCAAUGGCUGGAUAUUACCAAGAAUCUGGCAGAGCUGGGAGAGAUGGGAAGCCAUCCUGCUGCCGCCUUUAUUACUCGAGGAAUGACCGGGAUCAAGUCAGCUUCCUGAUUAAGAAGGAGCUCUCUAACAUCCAAGAAAAAAAAGGCACCUUAAAAGAAUCUGACAAAGCUGUGAUGACAGCUUUUGAUGCCAUUGUGAACUUCUGCGAGGAGCUGGGAUGUCGCCAUGCUGCAAUAGCGAAGUACUUUGGCGAUGUCACCCCACCUUGUAACAAGUGCUGCGAUUACUGCAAGAACCCAGGGGCAGUGAAAAGACAACUGGAGUCACUGGAGCGCUGCACCAACAGCUGGAGCAAAACCUGCAUUGGGCCCACAGGUUCCUCCUGGGAUAGCUAUGACCCAGAGCUGUAUGAAGGCGGGAGAAGAGGUUGCAGAGGUUUUAGCAGGUAUGAUGAAGAAAGCAGUGGGAAUGGGGAUGAAGCCAAUGAAGAGAGUCGGAAACGGGAGUGGAACAACUUCUACAAAAAGCAGAUGAGUCUGCGCAAAGGCAAAGAACCAGAAAAGGAAGAUUUUGUUCCUCCAAGUGCAGACUGCCCCUUGAAGGAUGCCUCCAGCAGGAGAAUCUCUAAGCUCACAGUGAAGGGACGGGAACACUGCUUGAAGAUGCUGGAAGAAGCUUUGAGCAUCAAUCAAAAUGUUCCAGCAGCAGGAGGCAAAGGGUAG